AUGAGCAACGUUCAAAACCCCACGUACUUUCUAGCCCCCAACUGGAGCUUCCGCCCAGGUGGGAAAAUCGCGAUUGGUAACAUCAUCAAAAACCCGCUAAAACCGCACAUGGUUCUCACAAGGCCGGAAUCGACAAAGCCGCCUAUUGCAACUGAUACGAUAACCGAAAGGAACUGGCGUCUAUCUGUCGAGACCGCUACAAGCUUGAGCCUUAACCUCUGGGGCACUUUUCUCCAGAUCUUCCGCUUAGGACUCUCCACCAAUCAUGAGCGUACCAAGAAUUCGAACUUUACGAUGACGUCUCUUGACACAAUAACCAUGUCGGAAGAUCUUCCGAUAGACGAACUCAAGGCUCGCUGCAAUGACCAACCAGUAAAAAAGUACAUGCGUCUGGAUAGCGUAUAUUGCAAUCCGGUCUACAUGAUCACCGGUAUCAAGGUUGCUAAAGACUUCAAACUAGAAGGCGAAAAGAGUUCCACAAACGCUAUUGAAGGGGAGGCAGGUGGCCAGGUUAGCCCAGACGUGAGUCUGGGUGGCGGGGCGGGCAUUUCCAAGACAACGCGGGUGAUGGAUGGGUUCGAGGCGGAGGGUGAUGUGAUAUUUGCGUACCAGUUGAUAAAGAUAAAGCCGAAGGGAUGGAGCAAGGACAAAGACUUUCAGACAAGCGAAUAUGAGCAUCGCCAGGCUUUCCUCGAAGGUGGAAAGAGUAACGCAGAUCAGGUCGCGGAUGAAGUUGAAGGCGAGAUUGAAGCUGUUGAGCGCAACGACUUUGAAUGUCUUUUCGAUGCGCAAGUUGUUGACAUUGGCGGAGUCAUGGUAGGAUACGAGGGUCCGAAGGUUGCAGAAUGA